AUGUCGUUUCAAAGCGCUGAAAAAUUAGUCGAAUUUGGAAGACAACAUAUUGCUCGAGGGAUAAGUCGAAGCACUAAUUUGGUCAUUCAACAAGCUAAAGGCUCUUAUAUAUAUGAUGUUCAAGGAAAAAAAUUUUUAGAUUUUUCAUCGGGCAUAGGUGUAACUUCUUUAGGGCACUGCCAUCCAAAAGUUGUAAAAGCUGUCCAGGAGCAGGCCGCAAAAUUGAAUCAUGGACAAGUCAACAUUAUGUUUCAUAAGCCAAUGUUGGACCUUAUUGGAAAAUUGAAACCCGUAAUGCCUUCUACUCAAUUUGACUCGUUUUUCUUCUGGAAUUCUGGUGCAGAGGCAGUUGAAGCCGCAGUAAAGCUAGCGAGGCAUGCAACCAAAAAACAAAAUGUAAUCGUAUUUCAAGGUGGAUUUCAUGGAAGAACUUUUGGGACGAUGUCGCUUACUACUUCUAAAACCAUUUACAGUGCUGGUUUUGGACCAUUGAUGUCUGGAGUUUAUGUUGCACCUUAUCCUUAUUGCUUCACUUGCCCGAUACAUCGCGCUGUUCCGCAAAAAUACGACAGAAUUAACUGUUGUGAUAAUCCCAUUGAGCAAGUUGAAUUGCUUUUAAAACAACAAACAGCUCCAGAUGAAACAGCAGCAAUGAUUGUCGAACCAAUAUUAGGAGAAGGAGGAUACGUAGUACCCCCCAAAAGUUUUUUCCCAAAAUUGAGGGAGAUUUGCACUAAGAAUAAUAUCUUAUUAAUCUGUGAUGAAGUUCAGACUGGUUUUGGGAGAACUGGCAAAAUGUUUGCAACUGAACAUUUCGAUGUUAUGCCAGAUAUUAUGGUUAUGGCUAAGGGGAUCGCUUCUGGAUUUCCUCUGAGUGGUAUUGUUUCGAAUAAGAAAUUAAUGGAUACACAACCAGCAGGAAGUAUGGGAGGAACGUAUGCUGGCAACGCCGUAUCAUGUGCGGCAGCAAUAGCCACGCUAGAGGUAUUUGAAGAAGAAAGAAUAUUGGAAAAUGUUAAUAAUAGGUCAUCUCAGCUGUUUUCAUUACUUAAUUCCCGAAUAAAACCUUUAUUACCUCCACAUAUUGGACUAGACAUUCGUGGUUUAGGUCUAAUGGUUGGACUAGAGUUUACAGGUGUACCACGUGGGUUUGUCACGGCAGUAUCCCGGGAGGCAUUUGAAACGCAUGAUAUGAUUAUAUUAACUACGGGAAUUUAUGAGACUUUGAGAUUAAUUCCACCGUUAACAGUUACAGCAGAUGAAAUUAGUGGUGGGGUUGAGAAAUUAAGUAAUGCAGUCGAAGUGGUAUUGAAAAAACUUGCAAAGGACGGAAAUAUCUAA